AUGGUCAGUAAGGACGCUGCAGACACUUUGGCUGUGAGGCAAAAGAGAAGAAUUUAUGACAUCACCAAUGUCUUAGAAGGAAUUGACUUGAUUGAAAAAAAGUCAAAAAACAGUAUCCAGUGGAAAGGCGUAGGCGCUGGCUGUAACACGAAAGAAGUCAUCGACAGAUUAAGAUGCCUGAAAGCUGAAAUUGAAGACCUGGAACUGAAGGAAAGAGAGCUUGACCAGCACAAGCUGUGGCUCCAGCAAAGCAUCAGAAACGUGAUGGAGGACUCCAUCAACAAUCGAUUUUCCUAUGUCACUCAUGAGGACAUCUGCAAUUGCUUUAAUGGUGAUACACUCCUGGCCAUUCAGGCCCCUUCGGGAACACAGCUGGAGGUGCCUAUCCCGGAAAUGGGUCAGAAUGGACAAAAGAAAUACCAGAUCAAUCUAAAGAGUCACUCGGGACCCAUCCACGUGCUGCUCAUCAAUAAAGAGCCCAGCUCGGCGAAGCCCGUGGUUUUCCCUGUGCCCCCGCCUGACGACCUCACACAGCCUCCCUGCCAGCCCGCGACCCCGGCGGCUCCGCAGAAGGCCGGCGCAGCGCCCCCGAGCCUGCCCGAGCAGCUGGCCCCGGAGAGAAGCCCAGGCCUGCAGCAGACGGCCUGCCCGGACCUGCCUGCAGCAGCAUCCAUUAGUGGAGACAUCAUCGAUGAGUUAAUGUCGUCUGAUGUGUUUCCUCUCUUACGGCUUUCUCCUACCCCAGCAGACGACUACAACUUUAAUUUAGAUGAUAAUGAAGGCGUUUGUGAUCUCUUUGAUGUCCAGAUACUAAAUUAUUAGACUCCAUGGAGACCCGGGACUGUUAUCUACCUCUAACUGUGUAACAUUUUAGACUUUUAAUAACCUAAGUAUUUAAAAUAAUGAAUGUAACACCUUUUUAGUUCACUGAUUCUGAAGUGUUCUUCCCUAAUACUUUCUUUUUUUACUUCACAAAACUUCAACUGUAAAAACAAAGGGGAAAAAUUGAUUUAGUACCCCCCCCCCCCCCCCCCCGUAACUGCAUUCUGGAUUUCUUUCCACGUCUGAAUCCUUGUGAUUCUUCCUCUCAAGAGGAAAGUUAAAGUAGACUUAAGGUCGUCGAAAACAAGGCCGCUGGCCAAGGACUCUGCCUGUUUGUCUCGUGUUUUCACUGCCGCGGAGCUGUGCGCCCCCAGCAUGAGCCCGCUCACUGCCACAGACGAAGGGUGUGAACAGGACUGUCCCCCUUCGGGGAACAGUGUGUGAAGUGCCUUCUGUUUCGCACUUUAACUUGAUCACGUUUGGUUGACUUCUGACAUUCCGCUUUCCUAGGUUAUGGGAAAGAUCUGUUUAUGUAGUUCGUUUUUAAAAUGUGCCAAUGCCUGUACAUUAACAAGAUUUUUAAAAAUAAAGUUGUAUAAAACAUUU